AUGGCCGUGCCGUUUAUUGGACGGUUGAACCCAACCGAAUACAUCGCGCUCGUGGGCUCGUUCCUUCUUGUUGGCCUUGAAGCUAUCAUUCGAAUCCUGACUCUCGCUCUGCCAAACUCCCUCCUCUCCCUGUUCUACGCAGUCUCGCGGCGACUAUUUAAUCGACUGACAUCGCCAGAGCAGAAACGAGCACAGCAGCGUCGCAAGUCGAUCUCGACUUCGGUUAGGAAUGCGUCUGAUUUCGUUGACAUCUGUGCUAUGUUUGGCUACAACGCUGAAGAGCACGUCGUACAAACCAAGGACGGGUACCUGCUAGGGCUCCAUCGUCUAGCAUGGAAAAAGGGCGAGGAGGAUAUGAAAGUCAACAGCGGACCGAACAGUAUCAGAAAGAGGGUUAUUUACAUGCACCAUGGACUUCUUAUGAACAGCGAGGUUUGGGUCUGUCUUACUGACGCUCAGAGAUGCCUUCCAUUCACCUUGGUGGAGAGAGGCUUCGAUGUCUGGUUUGGCAACAAUCGCGGAAACAAAUAUUCGAAGAAAUCUGUUAAGGUAUCACCAGCGACUACCGAAUUCUGGAACUUCUCGAUCGACGAGUUUGCUUUCCACGAUAUUCCGGAUUCCAUCGCGUAUAUCCUCAACGCCACAAAUCAACCGUCCUUGUCAUAUAUUGGCUUCUCUCAGGGCACCGCUCAGUCGUUUGCCUCUUUGGCAGUGCACCCGAAGCUCAACGACCAAGUCAACGUCUUCAUCGCACUCGCGCCGGCAAUGUCGCCGGCAGGUUUGUCCAACGGAAUAGUUGACGCUCUUAUCAAAGCUUCUCCGCAAGUCUUGUUUCUCCUAUUUGGGCGUCGCUCCAUCCUCGCAUCAGCAACCAUGUGGCAGUCGGUUCUAUAUCCACCACUAUUCGUUCGCCUUAUCGACAUGGGCCUUUCCUUCCUUUUCAACUGGAAAGCGACCAACAUAUCUUUGUCUCAAAAAUUGGCCGCAUACCCACAUCUUUACUCCUUUACCAGCACCAAGUCGGUGGUCCACUGGUUCCAGAUUAUUCGCAACAAAUCGUUCCAGAUGUACGAUGACGACGUACACCCGCCGCUGAGUACUUCGAGCAGGUACACCAAGGUCGCCAAGUACCCGACGCGCAACAUCAAGACGCCGAUUAUUCUCGUGUAUGGAGGUAGCGACUCCCUCGUCGACAUCAAGGUCAUGUUGCGCGAACUCCCGAACCGAACUGUGGCGACUGAGAUUCCGCAUUACGAACAUCUUGACUUCCUCUGGGCACGCGAUGUUGAUACCCAGGUUUUCCAGCACGUUUUCGAUGCCUUGGAUAGCUUUACGGACGCCGAGCACACUAAGGAGGAGUUCGAGAGCUACCGUCGUGCCAGAUUUCUGAGUCUUGAUGCCUCGGCUUCAUUUCAGAAGCAGUGA